CCAAGCUUUCCUCGACGCUCACAGCCAGUGAAGAGGAGGGUGAGUGCGUCGCUGUUCCUCGAGGGCACGAGUGAUGAUGGCGUGGUCGCGUGGUCGCCCGUUAACAGCCUAUAUAAAGCCGUGGGAGACGCGCAACAGUCAACAUAACCACUGGCGACAGACUCCAGCUCGCACAGGGCACAAUUUAACAAGUCAAUGGGACCGGCUGUCUUCACUCUGCUGCCUCCCCUAAGCCCCCCAUAAACUGAGGACUGCACACACAUGGAUUACACAGACACUGGAGCCGCAGCGACCACCGAGAAUAAACAAGUUCACAGCCCGUGCAUUGCAAUAAAGCUGCCUUUGUUAAGUAAUGCGUCGAGCACCACGCAUCGUCUGGAUCCAUAGUUUUCGCGAGGACGCUGCGUGCGUGGCUCUCUGAAGUGCUGCAAGUUAGUCCUGUAACCCAAGUGCACAGUGUUCUCCAGUCCGCUCAUAGCGAAGUGUUCAUUUGUGGCAUGGAUGCAUUCGGCGCGGCAGUGAACGGCGUCAGCUACACAGAGGUGGCUGAUGUGUUCCAGCCAGAAGACCCGUUUGCGGGACCCUUGCGGUCCAUCGCGCCGUGGAACUUUAAAGUGCUCGCCGCGUGGAUGUUCCUGAUCACGGCGCUCUCGUUGUCCGAGAACUUUCUGGUCAUGCUCAUCACCUACAAGUUCAAACAGCUUCGGCAACCACUCAAUUACAUCAUCGUAAAUCUGUCUCUGGCUGACUUUCUCGUGUCCCUGGUUGGGGGGAGCAUCAGUGUGGUCACCAAUUUCCACGGCUACUUCUUCCUGGGGACGUGGGCGUGCGUGCUGGAGGGCUUCGCGGUCACUUUUUUCGGUAUAGUAGCUUUGUGGUCUCUGGCCAUCCUGGCGUUUGAGCGCUUCUUUGUAAUUUGUCGGCCCCUGGGAAACAUCCGUCUGCGGGGAAAACAUGCGACACUGGGGUUGCUGUUUGUCUGGACCUUCUCUUUCAUCUGGACCAUCCCGCCUGUACUGGGCUGGAGCAGCUACACAGUCAGCAAGAUCGGUACCACCUGUGAACCCAACUGGUACUCUGGAGACCCUUACGACCACACCUACAUCAUCACUUUCUUCAUCACCUGUUUCGUCAUGCCUCUGGGUGUCAUCAUUGUCUGCUACGGCAAGCUCCUGAGGAAGCUCAGGAAGGUUGGUCUGGUGUCCAACACUCAUGGCAGGUUGGGGAAUGCAAGGAAACCUGAGCGGCAAGUGUCUCGUAUGGUGGUUGUGAUGAUUGUGGCCUUUAUGGUGGCCUGGACCCCAUACGCCAUUUUCUCCAUCACUGUUACUGCACAUCCCACCAUCUACUUGGAACCCAGACUGGCUGCAGUUCCUGCCUUCUUUGCCAAAACUGCUGCGGUCUACAACCCUGUCAUCUAUGUCUUUAUGAACAAACAGUUCAGAAAGUGCCUCAUCCUGCUGUUCAGCUGCAGUGAUAGCACCACGGUGGAGGUGAACCAGACCACAGAGCGUGGAGGCAUGACCGGCGAGAGCAACACGGGAGAGAUGUCAGCCAUAGCGGCCCGAAUUCCAAUUGCCAGGAGCACCCCGCAAAAGUCUGACAAGCAGCAGAGUGAUUGUAGCUCCUACGCCCAGCUGCCUAUCCCUGAGAACAAAGUCUGCCCCAUGUAGACCUUCAUGGUCCACACUCAACUCUAAUUUACACUCAGAAUGUGAAGAGGGCUUCUGCCAUGUUUUUCUCCACCUGUAAUUACAGGAGCACACAACUUCAUUCUUAAACCCUGAUUCAGUAUUAACAGCUUCACUACAGCAGUAGCAUUCAGCCUGUCCUCCACUAUGUCAGUAUCUGUUAUGAAGCAAUAAGUUGAUUUCUCCAGUAAAAUAUCAUGCGCACUUAUAAACGUAACCACUUCUAUUAUCAAGUGCACAUUGAUAAAGGACUAAAAGAUAUUCAUUUAUAUCUUGUUCAUUUUUUAUAUUCCUCCUUUUGCACUACAGAAGGCAAAAUGAACCUUUUCCAAAUAGCUCAGCAAGACAUACUCCUACUGUUAAUGAGUUAUUUUAGUUUUCAGAGUGUGCACAAGUUCAUAAAAUGCAUGUUAACUGGUUUCCAUAAUCUCAGCUCUACUUGUUGCAGAACCUAUGAUAAAUUGUGAUGCUGAUGAAAAUUAUUUCAGACAAAUGAAAGAUGUCUAUUUGGUUCUAGACCGUGUUUAAUGAUUUUUUUGUUAAAAUAAUACCACAUCUGUAUUUUCCCCAGAGCUUUUGGUAGGAUGUAUGUUUUUAUUGAAAACCCAGAGGUAGAUAACUUUGCUGUCCGAAAGGUAUAUAAAUAAAUAAAUAAACCCAGCAACUUCACAAAGGGCAAAAAGUUCGUUAUUUUUGAUCUUUUAGAUGGAAUUUUUGGAGCUUUUCUUUUGGCCCAUUCAGCCUGAAACGUUGACAAGAGUAAUGAUGUGUCCUGCAGUGAUCUGAUGUGUGGAUUCUAUUUUAAAAUCAAGUGGACAUCCCCUUUAAUGGCAAUACAAUUUUACUUUAAGCUGAUAAAAAGUGUAAUGAUACCACCCAGGUAUUCAAUGAAUAUGUCUAACUUAUGAUAGUGUACAUGUUUUAUUACAUGCUGUCAAAUGACAAUAGCCAUAAAUACUCCUACCUUAUUUAAAGUGGCCAUAAACAUUAAUUUGUCUGUCUAAGGCUGGUAAGUGUGACAACUACUAAGCAAUGAUUGGAAAAACCCAAGCAUCCUUAUUCCUCAUUACGUUCAGGAAAAUGAUAUCAAAUCAAUUGGUAUGAUAUGUUUAUACAAUGAUAAAUCUACUUUAUGUAUUUUAUGUCUUUUACAGAUAAUUACAGUAAAAUAUUUGUAAUGCAUGUAUGUUUUAACCACUUAUAAACUAAAGCCUGUAGGUUUGUUAUAGGUAUUGAAUGUACCUUAACUUAAAGUAUAGUAUUACCAGGGACAGAUUGCAUUUGUCUAUGAGGAAUGGAGAAUUGUAGUAUUCAUGCACAUGCAAGUUAUAUAUUGUUGCACUGAAUGUGGCUAACCCUGUAUCAGUAUUGUGGCUAAUAAGUGGAGCUGCUUUAAGUUGAAAUGCGACUCUUGAAUGUGUUUACCAGUUUACCUUUCCAGUCUGACCAGUGGCCAGCAUUCUCCAGCCUACGUGAGCACCGAAACACUCACAAAGAGAAGGAAAAAAAAACAUCUAAAUGGGAAAAUAGCUUUGGUUUGUUUCACCUAAGGAUGUACUCUACACAUACUACAAAGCCAUUGUUACAGUACUGCUGUGGGCUUCACUGUUGACACUCGAAUACUCAGCUAUUCCGCCUAUGAUUGUAGAAGGGUUAACUUUUCUGAGCACAAGAACCCAAAUCUCUUUUUUCUCACUCCCUCUUUGAACAAUCGAGAGCUCUCUCAGUGCUCUCACUCACAGGUGAAUGUUUAUUCAUCUAUUUGGAUGGGACUUACCGACUGACUGUAACUUCCUACAGUUUUCUCUGAGCUGGACUUUCCGAGUCAGUCAAACCAGAGCGAGUGCAAGCAGGACAUUCACAUGCACUGAAGAGAAGAAAACCUCAGAGGAGAGAAACCUUUUUGUGGAUUUAUGUAACAAUAUAAUCUUCUGUAAAAGAAUAUUAUAAACAACUUACUAUAUAUAUAUAUAUAUAUAUAGUAUAUAUACUGAUGAACUAAAUGAGGAUUGUAAAGCAUGAAUGAACUGCAGUACCACUGUAUUUUCUUUCAAACUGUCAGAUGUACAUACUAUGCAUGUGUUUCAACUGUUUUUGAACCCAGCUCUUAUCAUCUCUGUGUGGUUUUAUAAAGAAAGGCUGAAGCCUUGGAUAUUUUUAAUGCCUCUGAAUGUGCUAUCCACACUACCACAGCCAUAUAAUACCUUUCUGCUGCUCUAGCACUAGUUUAGGGGGUCUGAAAUGGCAAAUCUUUGUCAACUCUGUCAAUCCAUAAUAUAUACUGUUACAUUGCAACAGCUAAUUUAGUCCAGUGUUGAAGAAUUAUAUGUGAGACUUACUACAGUUAAAAAAAAUGAUAGCUCCCCUGUAGUGAUUUUCAGGAAAUGUAUGAGGAGUGUAAUCUUUGUAUUCAUUUUGAUUUAAUAUCAUACAAAGUUAACCCAUUUGGACAUAUUUGUCAUUGCUGUUGAGUAAAAACGUCCUUAUUGUGCAUAGAAUCAGU